AUGGCAGCUUGUGAUUUGGUAGGUGAGAAUGGAAGAGGAAGAAGGAACAAUAUUAACAGCAGCAGCAUCGAAGAAAACCCAGUGAGAAGCGGCACCAUGAGGAAGAGAAUGGCUUCUGAGAUUGCCGAUUGCCAGAGGUUUCCUCGCCGGAGCAAUCUUGGUUCUUCCGAUAGCAACAUGGUGUGCUCUUUCAUGGCGGCUAGUAAUAACCCUAAUCCACCCUUCAACUACUCCACUAAUAUGGAUAAUAAUAGUAGUGCUGUUAUCAAUUGUACGAAUUUCUCAGCCUUGACGUCAGCCGGGCCACCUGCUCUUUUAUCUUCGAAGGCCUCGAAUUUUUCUGCUGUUAUCGACACCGUCUCUUCCCCUAGUCCUCAGCAUCCCGCCGUGUGUGGGUUCUCGGGUUUGCCUUUGUUUCCACCAACGGACAGGAAUCGAAACGGAAACGCCAACAUUUCCUCCACCGUGGUAACCGUCACGUCGGCGAAUAAUACCGUCCCUGCUUCUUUAACUCCGAUCUCGAAUUCUAUGGAUGAUAAUUCGGCGACGGCGUGGAUAGACGGCGUUAUACGGGACCUUAUCCACAUCUCGGCUAAUGUUUCCGUUCCUCAGCUUAUUCACAACGUGCGGGAGAUUAUUUACCCUUGCAAUCCGAACCUCGCUGCUUUACUUGAAUACAGGCUCCGUUCUUUAAUGGAUCCACUUGAAAGGCGAAGAAAGGAGGCGCCGUCAUUGCAUCUGCAGGAGGUGACGUUGCCGAGCCAGCAUGGUCAACAACAAGGCUCAUCUGGGUUGACGCUUAACAUGGACUCCGCCAUAGAUUCCGGUGACAUGAGUCAAUACUUCAGUUGGGAAAUAACACCACUUCUGAUCUCUUCUAACAAUCAGAUUAGCAGUAGCCCUUCGGCGACGACUACACCGCCGGUUCCAUCGUUAAACCAACACCAGCUCGCCGAGGAGCAGCCGUUGGUACAAGAAAAAGCUUCACCGGUCGAGAAGACAACGACUUCGACGGCGAAACCGGCUUCCACCGUUCAAGCAGUCCAAGCAUGUGGCGGUAGAGACCGGAAAGAGGAGCUCCGGCAACAGAAGAGAGAUGAAGAAGGGUUGCACCUCUUGAAAUUGCUACUCCAAUGCGCCGAGGCGGUUUCGGCUAAUAACUUGGAGGAUGCAAAUAGGAUGCUGUUAGAGCUCUCGCAGCUGUCGACGCCGUUCGGAACGUCGGCUCAGCGCGUGGCGGCGUAUUUUUCGGAGGCUAUCUCGGCGAGGCUCGUCAGCUCUUGCUUGGGAAUAUGCAGCGGAUAUCCUUCUUUUCCGGCGAGCCAUACUCAAAAACUGGUGUCGGCUUUUCAGGUGUUCAAUGGGAUAAGUCCAUUCGUCAAGUUCUCCCAUUUCACAGCAAAUCAAGCCAUACAAGAAGCGUUCGAGAGGGAGGAGAGAGUGCACAUUAUAGAUCUUGACAUAAUGCAAGGCUUGCAAUGGCCUGGACUGUUUCACAUUCUCGCUUCCAGACACGGCGGACCACCGCACGUCCGCCUCACGGGGCUCGGAACCUCCUUAGAGGCCCUGGAAACCACCGGUAAACGUUUAACUGAUUUUGCAGACAAACUGGGGAUUCCUUUCGAAUUUUUCCCGGUGGCUGACAAGGUGGGGAACAUCGAGCCUGACAGUCUCAACGUCGGCAAGACGGAGGCGGUGGCGGUUCACUGGUUGCAGCACUCGCUUUACGACAUCACCGGUUCCGAUACCAAUGUAUUGUGGCUGCUUCAGAGAUUGGCACCCAAAGUAGUGACGGUAGUAGAACAAGACUUGAGCCACGGCGGUUCAUUUCUGGGAAGGUUUGUGGAAGCCAUACACUACUACUCCGCCCUGUUCGAUUCACUCGGAGCUAGCUACGGCGAGGAGAGCGAGGAGCGGCAUGUGGUGGAGCAGCAGCUACUCUCGAAAGAGAUACGAAACGUGCUCGCUCUCGGCGGCCCUUCCAGGACCAGCGAGGAGGUCAAGUUCCAUAACUGGAGGGAGAAGCUGCAGCAGUCCGGGUUCAAGCCCAUCUCCCUCGCUGGUAACGCCGCCACGCAGGCCACGUUGCUCUUGGGAAUGUUCCCCUCCGACGGUUACACCCUGGUUGAAGACAAAGGUGCACUCAAGCUCGGCUGGAAAGACCUUUGCUUGCUUACCGCUUCUGCCUGGAGACCCAUUCAUGCCACCGCCACCGCCGCCGCCGCCGCCACGACUCUACUCCGCUAGCUUGUUUUCUCCUCUCUUUUUUUCUCUAUGUUUCUUCUUAAUUUGCUCUGCUCUUUGGCCAUAUAUUUGUAUGCCUUUGACUUGUUGAGGAAAUGGUGCUUAUGCUUCAAGGGAUCCCACUCUGUUGUGCCCAUUGCCCAUUUACGUUUCACAUUUUGUAUUAUUAUUGUG